AGAGAGAGAGAGAGAGAGAGAGAGACGUGCGCUGCAAGACCGUCAUCUUUUCCGUCAAGCAUGUUGUAAAUACACCGGUGCCGCAGGAACAAAAUUUCCGGAAGAGAUUGGUGACUGGACUUUUCACGUCUCCAAUAGACACAGUAAACAUAGCAGGCAGGGGCGUGGCUGUCACGGCCACGGCAACCUGCUCUACUUCAUCAGCUGGAGGAGAAUGACAGCGAGGACUGCAAACUUGACUAUGAACCUGAAUUUGUUGACAUAGACAGACAGCCUGACUCAGACAGCAAGAACUGCAAACUUCACUUUGACAAGGACCACAAACCUGAAUUUGUUGACGUUCAUCACCUGCCUGACUUUGAUGAGGAGGACUUCAAAUUUGAUAUUGACAUCUGUCCUCCUCAGUAAGGUGUGAGGAGAGAAUGCCAUUCCCUGCUGCCGGGGGAGCUGUGGUGGGGCAAAGAGCUGCCAAGGUCAUCAGGUUUGCCUACCAUGGAUGUACAAACAGACCCUUCUACCACAUUGUUGUCAUGCGGAAAAGAACACCACGCCAGGGGCACGUAAUUGAGCAGCUAGGCACAUAUGAUCCGAUGGUAAAUGUGCACGGGGAGAAGCUGGUGGCUCUCAACACUGAGCGCAUCAACCACUGGAUUGGCCAGGGUGCUGGCAUCUCUACAAGCUGUGCUGUUCUGCUGGGUCUGUCGGGGCUGCUUCCCAUCCAUCCCAGGUCAUACAUGACAGCGUGGCGUAGCCGUAGGUCCAGUGCUAAGGAAGAGAAGGCUGAGGCUGCUUCAUGAGGCCACAGUCCAUAAUACACGUGUUGUAUUAAUGUAUAGUUUUUGUCAUUCAGGUCUCGGGGAAGUGCUUUAACCCGCGCAGUGCCACCGCCGUAAAUUUAUGGCAUCUAGCUUACCCGCGCUCAGUGCCACCGCCGUACAUUCACAGCGGCAAUCUAAUAAAAAUUCUAGUAUGUUUAUUUGUCUAAAUAACUUUAUAAAAAUCACACUAAGUAUACUCCAAGCUCCACUCUACGCACUGAAUGUGUUAGUUUGUUGGUAUGCUCCUUGAGUGGCCCCCAGGCGGCGCGUGGCACGGCGAUCACGUCAGACUCGUGAGAGCUUGUACAACCACCACAGGAAGCAGUCAUGGCGCGCCGCCGUGGGUUGUGUGAUGACGAGAUUAUCUCUGCUUUACUUUCUUCUAGUAGUGAUGAAAUGUUAUCAGACAUGUCUGAUGAUGAUUCUGUACAUGACAAAGACUAUGUACAGCUGAGUGAAAGCACUGAUAGUGAGGAAGAGAUUCCCUCACCAAGAAAAAGGCGUUAUGAUACAUACAGAGGUACAGGCACGAACACAAUGCCAGCCACUGCACAGCGAAUGCUGCUUUUUGAUGAUGAUGACUUUCCUUCAGGAUUGGGUUGGCUUGGAACCCCACUUGACAUGAAAGGAAAGGGUUUUGUUGGUGACAGCAAAAUGAGACCUGCAACAGAUGCGAAUGAACAAUGCGCUCCCUUACCACAAACAUCCUUUGGCAUCUCCCCUAUCACCCCAGCUAUUGCUCAUCCUUCAACUUCAUAUGAUUCACCACCAACCCUCACUCCAUCAACACCAUCAGUUCAGCCUUCUACCUCGAGCACAAUGAUGGCAGGUGGAAGAAGUAAGAGAAAGGGAGAGAAAAUAUCAAAGUCCAGCAAAUGCCGGGUAACAACACAGCGUGACUCACAAGCCUGUAACACAGGAGGCCCUGGCACCACCAGUCUUACCACCUCAUCACCACCACCACCCUCACCACCAGUCACACUUUCACUACAGGAACAGGGAGAAAGAGGUGAAAUUGGGGAAUGGGUAUGGGAAGAUGGAUAUGAUUUUGUACCCACACUUACUGAAUUUCAGAAUGCCAGUGCUGCAGGAUGCAAAGCUCCUGAACUAUCAGCCUUGUCUACCAGACUAGAUUUCUUCUCAUCUAUUUUCUUAAUUGAUCUCUUCAACAAGAUUUUACUGUUUACCAACAAGUAUUCUUGGUUCAAACGUGGCGGCAAGGUGCAAACUCCCUAUUCAAGGUUGUUCUGGCAAGAUAUUGAGUUGAAUGAACUCAUCUGCUUCAUAGGUCUUGUAAUUCUCAUGGGAAUAGUAAAAAAGUCAAGUAUUGCUAGUGCAUAGUAUUACUGGUGCAUAGACCCUCUAACCUUCACCCCUAUGUUUGGGAAAGUAUUAUCACAAAAUAGAUUUCAUUACAUUCUCUCCUGUCUUCAUUUCUUUGACAUACAUGAUCCUGUUCAGAGGGAAAGCACAGACAAAAUGAGGAGAAUUAGGCUUCUAUUUGACCACCUUUGCAGUACAUUUUCCCAGCUUUUCUAUCCAUACAAAAACCUUGUUAUUGAUGAGAGCUUAGUGCUGUGGAAGGCCCUCGUCAGUUGUCAUUCAAGCAGUAUAUUGCCAGUAAACGUCACAGAUUUGGGUUCAAAAUUUUUGUAAUGUGUGACUGUAAGACUGGGUACAUACAGGAUAUGAUGAUGUACAUGGGCGGGCAAACAGAGAUUGACCUUGACAGGGAAGUGGGGGUGUCAGGGGCAGUUGUCAAGCGACUGGUUCAACCUUACUUGGGAUGUGGUCAUGUCAUGUACCUUGACAAUUGGUACACCAGUCCUCUACUCGCACGUUACCUAUUCCAGCACAAGACAGGAAUAUGCGGGAUGGUGAAGAAGAUGCAGAAGCACAUGCCUCAUCAUGUAGGAAAAAUGGAGAGGAAGCUGUUGAUUUUUUUCAAGGAAAACAACAUCCUUGCUACCACUUGGAUGGACAAACGAGAGGUGAAUAUGCUGUUCACUGUACACAAGCCUGUCGUGCUGAGAACAAAAUCCAUUGAUUGGAAGGAUGAACAUCGGCGUCAUGUCUGGAAACCUGAAUGUGUAGUUGAUUAUAAUAUCAACAUGCGUCUCGUUGACCAAUCUGACGCCAUGAUAAGUAGCAUUGAUUGUGCAAGACCAUCCAUAAAGUGGUACAAAAAACUCUUCUUCCACUUGCUUGAUGUUUCUGUCCUGAAUGCUCACAUUCUACACAGGGAAGUCACAGGCAAAUAGGACACUCCGGAAGAGUUUGCCCUGGAGGUAUGCCGUGAACUCUUUGCUAAAUACGGCAAGGAGAGACCAUCUCAAAGCCUGAACAGAAGCUCAGCAGAUUCCCCGCUUAGACUCACCGCUCGUCACUUCCCAGAGAGUGUACCAAGAAAUGAGAAUGGACGGUAUGUACAGAGGAGAUGUCAUGUAUGUAGCCACACAAGCAGACGUCCUCGGAAGCGCACUGACUCACGAUUUCAGUGUACUGAGUGUGAUGUAGGGUUGUGCAUUAUGCCCUGCUUCAAAGAAUAUCACAUGCUUUUGCAUUACUAAAGUGACUCAUAUGUGUUUGAUAAAACUGUAUUCAUGGCAAACACAGCUGAAAAUAUACAACCAUAUAUGCAAAAGCAUUUCAAGAAGCCUACUCUUCGUCAGCGAUGCGGCAGUGCGGUAAAAAUGUACCAACCACUACCAUCAUACGAGUAGCCUACCUAUGCGUAGGCUAUGCAUAUUGAUAGUGUUGUUAUGUAAUAUAUAAACAAAUAAUCCAUUACCAAGGUGACAUAACAUCAUUUACGAAUACUGGUGUUGAUCAAAAAUCGAUAGCACCAAGCACACUACGAGUAUCAGCAUCACACCAUAGCACGCCAACAUCAGACAACUUCUCAGGUGAUUUUUGUUUUUUUACUUUCUAAGAUGACUUUUUCUCGUGUUUUCAUUAUACAUGGUUUAGGAUUUUUGAAAGCAUAAAAAAAAUAUGCAAAAUUGGCUGGCAGCACGGGUUGGUUUAGGAUAAAAGUGGCCGGCAGCGCGCGGGUUAAAGGUUAAAGAUUAUGCAGUGUGGUGUACAUUGUCAGUGGAGUUUCUGAACACUGCCUUAACCUGUGGUGGACCUCAGCACUCCUCAGCCUGCAUUACCAAAUCAGACAUGAAGGUCCUUUACUGAAGAGAAGCUGGUGCCCUUCUCUUCAAGCACUCAUUAGUCUUUGUAUAUGAUGACAAAAAUAAAUAUAUGAUGACAGUGAUUUCUGCUGCCACCAUAGACUAUGUAUAUAUUUAA